AUGAAGCGUCAACCACGUAAACUAAAGUGGACCAAGACGCACCGCGCGCUACACGGCAAGGAGAUGAUUGUCGACUCGUCCCUGGUGCUUUCACAGUUCGCCAAGAAGCGCAAUGCACCCGUGAAAUACGACAGAAACCUCGUGGAGUCUACUAUCAAGGCGAUGAAGAGAGUGGAAGAGAUCAGACAGAGACGAGAAAGAGUGUAUACGAAGAGAAGAUUAGCGGGCAAGAUCGCCAGGGACAGGAAGAGGGCCGAGGACAGGAAGGUGGUUGCGGAGGGCGAGCAUCUGAUCCGCAAGGAACUCAUGGAGCUGGCAGAGGGGACGAAACAGCCAGAGGAUUUGCUCAACAAGAAAGUUGGCUUGCCCGUGGGAGAGGAAAAGCUGCGCGGAAAGAAGAAGUCAAAACUGCUGGUCGACGGUGGAGUGCAGGAGGAGAUGGACCUCGACUAG